CAUUAAUGGACUUUGCAUUGCUUCACUUCUGACUUUGCAUCUGCCACGACAGCACAACAGGUGCACCCGACCUGCACGCAGAAUAGAUCCAGAACAAACAUUUCUUCGUGCAAGGCCUUCUGUACAGUAUGGCUGACCCUCAGAAGAAGGAGGAUGCCAAAGACUCGUUGAUUGUGACGGCCAAAAAAUGGGGAGAGAACCCCGUCCCACCUGCCCUGCUCGCCACACUCGUCUUUGCCCAACAUGCCCGCCCAUUCCAACCUGUCCCUAUGAUCUUUCCCCCACUCCUGAUGUUCACCACCUAUCUCAAUCUUCAAGGCUACAAGAUUGAUAGCGCUGGCACCACCGCUGCCUUGAGUGGCACAUACUUGGUCCUGGCAGGACGGAGAAGAGUCGGUAUCAUGAACAAGUUCGGCGCCCGAGGCAUCAUUCGAGGUGCGACGAUAGGUUUGUGUCUGGUUAAUCUGGUCGGUGGAGGUCUGGCCUACGCCUUCGGAAGUCGCUCAAAGGAAGAUGAAAAGAAAUCAAUCUGACAACCUUACGACCAAGUUCUAACCUCCUAGAACUGUAUCUCACACACUUCUGGCCGACGCGAUGCUAUAUGCUUUGCGCCACUUCCCCGCGCCGACUGUGCCCUCGAACCUGUUCUCCCAUAUCUCUACGACAGGUCUAGACAUAUGCUUCUUUCUGUAUUGAACUCGGCACACACGACACAAGACCUGUUACUCACAUCAGGCCUGUCUGUCUCCAGUUGACUAUCGUCAUUGUCGUCCAGGUCAAGCAACAAGUCUGGACCAUCUUGGAUUGCCUGCUAGGGGACACCAAAGGCCAAGAGGGUGGCACUGCUAUGCCCUGAUGGCUCUUGUAUAUAAGCGAUAUCAUUGUAUGAACAUUAAAUUAUGCAUGGAGCAUCGAAUCAGACACAUACUCUCGACUGGGCGUGCUACAGCCUCAUGUCUCCAGUUGUCCACAACACAGCUCUAAGUCUACCAAAACCAAAUUGAACACCUUCUAAACCUC